AUGAAUCCCUGUGCUCUGACAUCACUACUACUUAUAGUAGUAGUAGUGUUGUCAUCGGUUUUAAUUGAUUUCAGUCAUCAAUCAAAGCAUCACCGAUAUUCAUGUCCAGUGGUCCAGAAGUGUCCAAUACAUAAGCAUAAGGUGUGCGGAACUGAUGGCAAACUAUACGACUCGAGAUGUCAUUUAAGGAAAAUAGCAUGCGAAACUGGGAAAGCCGUUAGAGCUGCCCAUCCCGAUCGGUGUACCACUAGUAUCGAUGAUGAUGAUGAUGAUGAUGGGGACAGGGAUGUAGUGGUGAUGGACAGUACCGACAUCAAUAACAACCACAACAACAAAAUUAAUGAUGACAACACUGAUACUGCCGGCACCUAUACUACACCACAAGCACCGGCACCACUAGUAGAUGAUGACUCACUACUUAACAACAAUGAGGACAAUACAUACAAUAAUAAUAAUAAUAACGGCGCCGAUGAUGACUGUCUGCCCAAACAGUAUGAUCUGAUGAAACAACAACUUCUACAGAAAACCAAUGAUUUGUCGCUUUUGUUUACCCAUUUGGACGAUGACGGCGACGGAGAGAUUAAUAUUAAUGAAUUGUGGAGACACUCAAACAUUUAUAAGCCGGCGGACACGUCAUCGACAUGUAUACUAACUGAGCUAUUAGUACACGAAGACAGCAAUAGAGACGAAAAUCUUGAUUUCAGUGAAUUUCAAAAUGCAUUCAACAAACUAUACAGUGUAACAAUGGUAACAUUGGAUCAAUCGUUGGCCAUCAAUCAUGUCCAGGCUCAUGUAGGUGACAAUGUUGAAAUCAGGUGCGAUAUAGUGGGCGAACCGCAACCGCCGGCCAUCAAAUGGACCCGCAAUGAUGUCGACCUAAACAAUGUCAAUGUUGGCAACAUUAAGGUGUUCAGCGAUGGAUCACUGUAUCUAACGAACGUACAGCUGUCGUUCAGUGGGAACUAUACCUGUCAGGCCAUUAAUAAUCCAAUGGUCAAACAGGUCCAUGUUUUGCACACUAGCAUUGCACCGUUAGUCGAAGUAUCGCCACGUUUUCAAUGGGAACCGAUUGGCGGUAUGGCUACCAUCGAGUGCCGAUACGAAACAUUUGAACCGGACAUCACUAUUGAGUGGUAUAAAAACGAGGAACUCCUACUGAGUAAUCAGCGUACAACCAUUAUGAACAAUGGUACCCGGGUCCAGUUGGGUCAACUGGAACGUACAGAUACCGGUGCCUAUACUUGCCGUGUGUCCGACCGACACGACACCAGCAACGGUAUGGACGUGGCAUCGUUGCUCAUACAGGACGAAGCGGUAUCGGUUCAGGUGGUGGCCACUGACGGUAGUUCCUCAGGUGGUGGUAGCGGUGGCCAACAACAGGAACGCCUAUGGGUUUUCCACGGUAACGGUGUGUCCAUCUAUAAUGGCGGAUGCGAUGGACUCCUUCAUGAACUCGACGGCCGCGAUAUUAUACCCCAGUCAGGCCUAACACUGUGCGGAGCUACCGAUUCAGAUCAGCUGGUCAUAUGUGAAUGGUCAGAAAAUUCGGUAGCCGUCAAUGGCCGGGUAUAUGUCGGGCAACCAAACCUGAACCGUAUUGUCGUAUUUCAUGGCCAACAGCUGAAUGUUGUCCAAGUUAUAGCUACCGAUCCCCAACCGGUACGGUUGUGGUCAGUCGACAAUGGUCUGGACGAUCAUCAGAUUUGGGUACUGUGUUCGGGUACUAAUCCGACAAUGAAAGCUACCGGCGAUAUGUCGUCGGCCACCGGUGACGGCAUCGUAGACGAAGAUACUAACAGUUUCGGUGAGUUUGAGGCCACCGGCAGUCGUAAAUCGCUUACCGAUACCCUGGAGUUUGAAUGGCAAUACCCGUCACAGCGUCAACAGCAACACAAUAGGAAAACAGUUCAAGUAAUCAGACUGUCCUCAAACGUACAUCAGCCCAAUGUUGUACAUUUGCAGCCAAUCGACGGCCAUUUUGAUCUGGUCUACAAUAUGUUUGUACCGACAUUCAGUCCGCAACGUUUGCAUCUGAGACACGGUAUCGCCAAUCGUUACGCCCACGUAACCCAUUGGGACGAGCGGGCAGUCAUCAAAAUCGACAUGAGCCAGCUCAAGUAUGUCAAGACAAUCAAUCUGGCCGAUUGUCAACCAAUCAACGGUGUCCACACUGAUCACGGCCUACUAAUACUUCAAUGCCAGACACCGGUUACCCAUCAACUAAAUGGCCAGUUGGUUGUCGACCAGAUUACCGAUGCACUGAUAUCGUACAAUCCACACGUACGGGCCCAACGAUCCUAUCUGAGCCCUAACCAACAUUUCCUGGUCAAUGUCCUGCAUAAUGCCUCGACACCGACACCGGCCACUACUAUCAUUGUCCAGCGUGUUGUUACCGAUGGUGGCGAUGGUGGCCAGAGUACUGGUUCGGGUGGUCUAGAGUUUCUCUACGAUGUCCGUACGUCGCUUAAUAUCGUCAACUGUGCGUUUGUCUGGCGUAACGGUAACUACGAUGCCGUACUGGCCUCCGGAACGGCCAAUCGCGAAGAUCUAUUGUAUUUAUCGCUGAGCGACGGUCGGGUAGAAUUGAUUACCGGAAUCGGACGGCCGACUAACGGAUCUCAUAGAGGUAUGGCAUUGGCCAACAAAUCCCGAUUGUUGGCCGUAACGGCCACCGAAAGCGUCUAUCUGGUCGACCUGAAUACCAAUCGCAUCCAAUGCGAGACAACUCAACGGCACCGGAAGCCGACAACAAUGAUCUGGUCAUAGGAUUUCAU